GCCCUGCCCGACGCCGGCUCCGGAGGCUCGGCUUCGCGGCGGGGUUCCCCGGCCUCGGCUGCGCGCGACGCUGGUGUGAAUUAAGGCUCGUUUGCAGAACAAGGAGAUUUUUCCCACGUGGGCCUCCUACAGCUGGCGCUUGGCUUCCUGUUUGGCUUUCGGGUGGGUCACGCACCAGCCCUCAAGGCGGUGCGCUGGCUCGGCCUGCCUUGACCUUAGGAGCCCCUUGUUUGGGGCCAGCGGCUUACCGCCUGCCGACUACAGAGCCUCGGGAUUCUCACUGGAGAGGGCACCCAAGUCCCCAGUCCCCUUCCUGGAUGGCACCUGCUGGGGCUGCACGGACCUUAUCUGGCAAGGCUGAGGGCUCCCCGAGGACUCCCCGCAGCAGGUGUCGGAGGACCGGGGGGCCAAGGUCGGAGCGGGCGAGUAGCAGGUAACUGAGCCCGGAGGGCCCGGCAGUUUCUGGAAGAGACAUGCAUCUCUGGACAGCUGGGGUCUCUCUGGGAAGAACCAUCAGUGGGCCAGGCUCAGGAGGCCCCUGCUACACCGGAGCCCUGGGAGAAGGGGCACAUGGAUGGUCGGAGCCAGGGACCGAAUCUGAGCCCCAGCUGCACGCGACGCCGGAUCCGGGAUCCCUUAGCCUUCUGCCCCGGGGCUGGGGAUCAAACAUGCGCCUCCACAGCAACCCGGACCCGCGCCGCUGCUGUCGGAUUCUUAACCCACCGCACCCCAGCGAGAACUCCUCUUAAGCUGUGCUUUCUUGCACCCUGCAACCUUGGCCCCCGACUUGGAGCACAAGGCUGAGGGAGAUUCUGCCCCACAGCUGAAGCAUUUCUUCUGUCGCCUGUCUUGUGACUGAAGCUUCCUCCUUGGCUUUUCGUGCCUUGACGGUCCCUUUCUUUUUAGCACUGAAUAGUAUUCCGUUGCAUUCCUGUAAACGGCUCCCUGGCGGGGCAUGCCCCCCUCAGGCUUUGGGAGCCCUUGCGCUUGGCGGCUCCCCCGCGAGGGCCUCCAGAACUGCUCUGGCCCUCCCCGAAGUGUGGUCUGGCUGGAGGAGGGAGGGCGAAGGAUGGAGGGAGAGGUGGGGGCCGGGGGGCCGCAGGCCUUUCGCGGCUCUCGGAGCUGUGUCCUCUGCCCUGGAGAUGUACGUGGCGCUGAGGGGCCAGGCCAGAGUCCCUCACUGCCCAGGGAGAGCUGGGGGUUGGGCAGUCACGGGGCCGGGAGGAGGGGACAGAGAGCGCGAUGUUGGCCCCCUGGCCAGGGUGCAGGGCUCAGGGCAGCCAAAGGGCAAGUGCAGAGGCAUCAGCCCUGGUGAAGGGUAACCAAGUGAGGAAAUGCUUAUAGGGGCCUCCAGCUGUGCCUGGCAGUUACCUGAAGGCAGGGCCCAGGGCCAGGCCCGUCCCCAGGGGGACGCAACAUCCUGGUGUUGCAGGACUUGCGGCUGAGACAGGCCCUCUUGGGGUGGCUCUGUGCUGGCAUUCGGUCUGUGGCAAUAGGGGCGCCCAAGCUCCUCUCCCCCUCCCCCUGAGGUUGCCAGGUCACCCACUUUGCCCAGGUCAGUGGCUUCGGGCCGGGUUCCACACGGGCUUCCUUCCCAUACGUACCAGUGCCUCAUAGCACAGUGAGGCUGCCAGGCACCAGAACAGCUCCAGGGGAGGGUCUCCCUCCCUGGUUAGAAGUCUCCCCAAUCCAAGGGUCGGGGGGCUUGCAGCAAGUCCCCACCCCCCAUCCCCAGGGCCUGGUGGCUUUGGGCCCUUCUCCCCUGUGACGGUCCUGGCAGCCCUGAGAACCUCACCUCUCUGCUCUGGCUCUGGGCCUGGGCGUGGGGAGGGGGAUGGGAGGGGAGCAAAUCCCAGGGGCAGCAGGAGGUGGCAACUGUUUCCUCUCCCAACAGGCACAGGCGACCUGUGUAGCUUCCCUGGCUUCCUCUUGCACUCCUGAAAUGUUCCUUGUCGUGCCAGCCCCACGCCAUGGGAUGCCAAGCUGCCCAGAGAGGUCUGGGGAAGGAAGACAGGGCCCCAGCCGAGCAUCCUUGUGGACCGUCCUGCCAGGGCGAGCCUCAGGGCAACAGACGCAGAGACGCAGGUGCAGUGAAAACACCAGCCAGCUGAUCCCAGAAUGCUGGCUGACUUAGGACCUGAACGGGGGUCCUUUUUAUGCAGUGAUCUAAGCGAGCAGGAUGUACAGGUGGUCCCAUUUUUAUGUUCAGCAUCUCAUCCUUUGGGGGGACCAACCUGCCCCUCCAGGAGGUCCCCAGCGCCCCCCUCCCCACCCUUUCCCCUCUGUUCUUCUCAUGGGUUGGCUCUGACCCAGCCUCCUUUCCGGGAGUCUACCUCUGGAGCUGAACGGGCUUGCCCUUAAAAACCCUGGUUUUCUCGUUCUCGGCUGCGUUCUAGAUCACCUGCCACUGCUGAUCCCCGCCCUCCACGUUGUCUCGAGUUAGCUUUGUGCUGUUUCCAUCGAGGAACCACGACGGACAUACAUUUGGCAGAAGGGGGAAAUGGCAGACUGCGGGGGACGGGGCCUCGGGGACAAGUUCUCACCCAAGAAGGGAGAGGUUCCCAAAGUCCUGGCAUCCAUCUCCGCCCGCGGGGUCGGGGGGUGGUCUCUGAGCCCCGUGGACGAAGGCCAGGGGCUGCAGGCCACUCUUGGCAGCUGUGGACAGUAGAGAGGGGCACACGGCCCUGCAGUCCUUACCCGGCCACAGUCCGCUGCUCUGCUCUGAGACUCCGCGCCCGCGGCCACGGGCAGAAAUACUGGGAAACCAGACUGAGAGGCUGAGCCUGCAGGGCUGCUGAACUGAACUGGCGCUGGCUGGAUUUGCAGUCGCCACAGCUAAAGGAAGGCAUUCAUUGGAAAAGCCUGGAAGCCGUGGCCUGAAGACUCCGAGGACCCUCAGCCAAGAAGUUGCCCUCCAGGCAAUGAGCUGACCUUGACCGUCUCGGCACCCUUGGGGAGCACCACGUAGAUCCAGACCUGCUUGGGGCCCUGGGUUGAAGCGGCCGCUGGCAGCUCCACUGAAUGCCCUCCCCUGGGGGGCAGAGAGGGCUUUGCCCCUGCCCACUCCCACCUCACCCCGCUGGCUGCAACCCGGCUGGGUCCUGGAGCCGCCCUGUCUUCAUCUGUGAAAUGGGAGUUGUGGCCCCAUCACACCGGGAGUUCCUCUUCCAGAUGCUGAACUUCCUGAUCUAUGUCGUCAGCUCCGUCUUCUGCGGACACCUGGGCAAGGUGGAGCUGGCAGCAGUGACCCUCUCGGUGGCCUUUGUCAAUGUCUGCGGCGUGUCCAUUGGAUUCGGCCUGUCCUCGGCCUGUGACACCUUGAUGUCCCAGAGCUUCGGCAGCCCCAACAAGAAGCACGUGGGGGUCAUCCUGCAGCGGGGCGCCCUGGUCCUGCUGCUCUGCUGCCUCCCCUGCUGGGCGCUCUUCCUCAACACCCAGCACCUCCUGCUGCUCUUCAGGCAGGACCCGGCCGUGUCCAGGCUGGCCCAGGACUACGUGCAGAUUUUCAUCCCUGCACUCCCGGCGAAUUUUCUUUACUGCCUGCUGGCAAAAUAUUUACAAAACCAGGGUGUCGUCUGGCCCCAAGUGCUCAGUGGCAUCGUGGGCAACUGCGUGAACGGCCUGGCCAACUACAUCCUGGUGUCCACGCUGGGCCAGGGGGUCAGGGGCUCCGCCUACGCCAACACCAUCUCCCAGUUGAUGCAGACAGUUUUCCUCCUGUUGUACAUUGUGCUGAGGAAGCUGCACGUGGACACGUGGGGAGGCUGGUCCUGCCAGUGCCUGCAGGACUGGGGCCCCUUCUUCUCGCUGGCCGUCCCCAGCAUGCUCAUGACCUGCAUCGAGUGGUGGGCCUACGAGAUCGGGAGCUUCCUCAUGGGGCUGCUCAGCGUGCUGGACCUCUCUGCCCAGGCCGUCAUCUACGAAGUGGCCACUGUCACCUACAUGAUUCCCAUGGGACUCAGCAUCGCGGUCUGUGUCCGCGUGGGGACGGCUCUGGGAGCUGCAGACACGGUGCAGGCCAAGCGAUCGGCCGUCUCAGGCAUGCUCUGCACGGUUGGUGCCGCGAUGGUCGUGGGCGCCCUGCUGAGCAUCCUGAGGAAUCAACUGGGCCACAUCUUCACCCAUGACGAGGAAGUGGUCGCCCUGGUCAACAAGGCCCUGCCGCUUUAUAUCGUCUUCCACCUGUUUGAGGCCACCUGCUGUGUCUUCGGCGGGGUCCUCAGAGGAACGGGCAGGCAGGCCUUCGGGGCCAUUGUCAACGCCAUCAUGUACUACGGCGUCGGCCUCCCGCUGGGCAUCGUGCUGACCUUUGUGGUCAGGAUGGGCAUCUUGGGCCUCUGGCUGGGCAUGCUGGCCUGCGCCCUGCUGGCCACUGUCGCCUUUGUCACCUACACGGCGCGGAUGGACUGGAAGCAGGCUGCAGAGGAGGCUCAGAAAAACGUGGGGCUGCCGCCGAGGAGCACCGAGAGCACGGCCCCCAGGCCCGGGCCCGAGAAAGCGGUCACGUCUUCAGUGGCCACAGGCAGCCCUCCUGGCGUGACCCUGACGAUGUACUCCAGGCCCGAGUGCCACCUGGCCCUCUCGGGGACUCCAGAGGCAGCGCAGGCUCUGCCGGCUCCUUCCAGCAGACUGUCAGCCACGCAGCUGGCCAUGCGCCGCGGGGCUGCCCUGGGGGUGGCGGUAGCCACGCUGCUGGCCGGGCUGCUCAUCAGGGUCCUGACGGCCAGGCCCUAGCCCGACAGCCGGACACAGGAAGGAGGCGAGGGCAGGCGCCCACCCACCAGAGCACCCGGGACGCGGGAGCGGGGGGCGGGGGCGCACCUGGGGCCACCCCCAGAACCAGGCCUCCCUGCAGGGAUGCCUCUGCGACGGGGACUCGGCUUCGCGGCAGAUCGCCCGGGCCUCUGUCUCGGACUGCUCUUCGGACGACGCCAGCCAGCUGAGCGGUGGGCCUUGGGCGUCGCUGCUGUUACUCAGUAAUGUAAACGGUUUCAGGUGGGAGAUUUCGAAUCAAAAUUGCAAAUGCGGCUGUAACAUUAAAAAGUACGUGUUUCUAGGCA